CGGGGGGCAGCCGGGAGCGCGCAGGUCGCGGCUGCGGGGGCACAGCAGCUCCCUCGGGGAGGAGCGCUUCGAACGAGCCGCCGGGAGGCAGCGAAGGAGUGCCGCGGCGGAGCUACCACUGGCGGGCCAUGGGGAGCCUGAAGGAAGAGCUCCUGAAGCCCAUCUGGCACGCUUUCACCGCCCUCGACUUGGACAAGAGCGGCAAAGUCUCCAAGUCGCAGCUGAAGGUCCUUUCUCACAACCUGUGCACAUUGUUGAAUGUUCCUCAUGAUCCAGUGGCCUUAGAAGAGCAUUUUAGGGAUGAUGAUGAAGGGCCUGUUUCUAAUCAGGGAUAUAUGCCUUAUUUAAAUAGAUUUAUCUUGGAAAAGGUUCAAGACAACUUUGACAAAGUUGAAUUCUAUAAAAUGUGCUGGACUCUGUGUGCCAAAAAAAACCUCACAAAAAGUACCUUACUCCUUACUGAUGAUGAUGCUUUUAAAGUGUGGGUCAUCUUCAAUUUCUUAUCUGAAGACAAAUAUCCAUUAAUCAUUGUGCCAGAAGAGAUUGAAUACUUGCUUAAGAAGCUGACAGAAGCAAUGGGAUUAGGUUGGCAUCAAGAACAGUUUGAACAUUACAAGAUCAGUUUGGAUGCCAAUUGGGAAGGUCUUUCUGUUUGGGAAUUGAUUGAGCUCAUUGGAAGUGGUCGAUUUAGCAAAGGGAUGGACAGACCAACAGUGUCAAUGGGCAUUAAUGAAGUCUUCAGUGAACUUAUAUUAGAUGUGUUAAAACAGGGUUAUAUGUGGAAGAAGGGUCACAAAAGGAAAAACUGGACAGAACGUUGGUUUGUUUUAAAACCAAAUGUUAUAUCAUACUAUGUUAGUGAAGAUUUAAAAGACAAAAGAGGAGACAUUGCACUGGAUGGCAACUGUACAGUAGAGGCCUUGCCUGACAAAGAUGGCAAAAAAUGUCUCUUCCUUAUAAAUAGUUUAGAGAAAGGUUUUGAGAUUAGUGCUUCUGAUAAGAAGAAGAAACAGGAGUGGAUUCAAGCCAUUCAGACAACUGUAAAUCUGCUAAAAUUAAAAAGCCCUUCACCUCAUAAAGAGGCACGCCAGAAACGGAAAGAUUUACGCCAGAAACUGCAGGCUGAACAAGCAGAAUUGGAGAGGCAAAUGAAGGAGCUCCAAAUAGCAAAUGAAAAUAAACAGAAGGAACUGGAAACUGUCCGAAAGCAAUUAGAAGAAGCAGCUGCUCGAGCUUCGGAGGAAGAGAAGAAACGUCUGCAGACUCAAAUGGAAUUACAAGAUCGAUUCAGUCUUGAACUGGAGAGAGAAAAAAUGGUAAGACAGAAAAUGGAAGAACAGGUUGCUCAGAAAUCAUCUGAGCUUGAGCAGUACUUUCUGAGAGUCAAGGAACUUGAAGAAAUGUAUAAACAGCUACAGGAAGCUCUGGAGGAUGAGAAACAAGCACGUCAGGAUGAGGAAACAGUCAGGAGACUUCAGGCCAGGCUACUAGAAGAAGAGACAGCCAAGAGAGCAGACUUGGAAAAGUGGCACUUAGAGCAGCAGCAGACCAUUCAGAUGACGGAGGCAGAAAAGCAAGAGUUGGAAAACCAGAGAAAAAUGAAGGAACAUGCUCUACAGGUCGCCAUGCAGCAGUUGGAAGAACUGGAAUUGGAGAGGAAGCAAGCCUUUGAACAAUAUGAGGAGGUAAAGAAGAAAUUGGAAGUAGCAACAAGCAAAACCAAAAGUUGGAAAGACAGAGUAGCUCAUCAUGAGGGAUUAAUUCGAUUAAUUGAACCAGGUUCCAAGAAUCCUCAUUUGAUCACUAAUUGGGGACCAGCAGCCUUCACUGAAGCUGAACUUGAGCAAAGAGAGAAGAGUUGGAAAGGGCAAAGGAGUACUUCUGAUUAGUGAACGUGGCUGAAAUACAUUGGGGGCAGCAGAGAGCAGAAAUCUGAUACUGUAGUUAAAUAAAUAUUGUUAUACCAAUUUAUUGCCUAUACUGCAAGUUAGCUCAAGCUAUAUAAAGAAGUUAGAUGCAAAAUAUAAAUUCUACUGCACACCAUGAAUUAUAACAGAAUUUGUGAAAGCACUAAAUGUCCAUAAAAAUUGUUUGAAUAAUUGUGUGCAGUUAAUGAAAAUUGAAAUACCGUAAUUUGAAGUGUGUUUUUUAAAUUUGGAAUUGGACAAGUGAACUAGAACACAUGGGGAGUAUUGUGGGCCUUUUUACCCAUGUUGUUAUCCUAGGCUGCUUAGAAGACUAUGAACUUAUCCUGUUAGUUUUAUAUUUGGGGCAACAAAAGUUUUUGUGGACAGGAGGAGGAUUGUUAUCUUUGGUAGGGCCGGGCCAAAGAUGCAUGGAGAAACAUACCAGUUUGGAUCAACGGGUCACUAUAUCAGUGGCUCGAUGUAUCAGUGUGUGACUGAAACGUGUUUCUCAUAUAAAUAUAGAAUAUAUUCUCAAGUGGUAAUUUCAGAACCUUAAUAAUCCUGUAGUUUGAAAGGGAGGAAAAGAAAGAAAAACUGAACAGCCCACAGCCUCCUUUUGAUUUUUUUAUCAUUACACUAAUAGCCUGAUGAGAGCAGAGGUGAACAUUUUUUAUUUUGUUGAGAGAUCAUUAACAUCCUGAUUCAGAAAGUCAUAGUCCAAUCUUGGCAGUAUGAGAAUAUUUCUUCUGCGAAAACAUGCAUAGGGUUAUACUUUUGGUCAACCAAUUGAUUACAGAUAUCAACUCAUGCAAAUUAAUAAUCUAACUUUGUUCACCAAAUUUCCUUGAUUUCCUAUACAGUCCAAAUACUGCUAAUAAUUGAUAAAUUAUUUCGCAGGUAAAUGUAACAUUAAUAUAUUAGACUUAAAAGUAUAGGCAUACCUUGUUUUAUUGCAGUUUGCUUUAUUGUGCUUUGCAGAUGUAUUUUUUACAAAUUGAAGGUUUGUGACAACCUUGCGUUGAGCAAGUCUAUCACAUUAUGAUUAGCAUUUUUUAGUAAUAAACUAUUUUUUAAUUAAGGUAGGUACAUUGUUUUUUUUAGACAUAAUGCUAUUGUACACUUAAUGGAUUACAGUAUAGUGUAAACAUAACUGAUAUGCCCUGGGAAACUCGGUUUAUUGUGAUAUUUGCUUUAUUGCAGCGGUCUGGAACUGAACUCGCAAUAUCUCCAAGGUAUGCCUGUAUUUGAGCGUAUAAUACAGCUUAAUUAUUUCUGGAAUAAAAUAUUACUUUGAAGAAGAGCCAGCCAGUCAAUUGUGGAAAUCAUUAGGAGAAUCAUGCAAAUGCUAUCAAAUGAGUCUCCAUUCAUUUAAUUAAGAAUUAUGGAACUCUCACAUAAGCCAACUUGAAAUUAGCAAAAUGUGCAGCAGCAAUAAUGCUGACCAAGUUGGGAACCUCAAAAUGUGGACCUUUUCAAGAGAAGAACCAAGUAGGUAGGCAAAGCUCAUCUCAGACAUCAUCUUCCCAGGAGGAAGGAAUCUUGGAUUACUUGUUCGUUUUUGUUUUUAAACUGUCUUGUGGUUUUACUAAUGAUGGUUGGUGUUUCUUGUCAGAAUUUGUGUCCAAAAAGGCAAGAUAUGAAAUAGUGAAAUAACUUUCAAAAUAAGAAAUGAACAGAUGUAGACAGAUUAUAACAGCGUUAGCUUCUUUGUGUGGUUAGUUCUGUUUUUUAGGAGUGAUACUGCAUCGCUUCAUGGAGCCACUUUGACUGAUCACUGGAGCAACUGAUACCAUCAUGUAUCAAAGGAAAGCACGGGCCGCUUCACAUUGAUGGAAAUAAUUUCUGUGUGUGCAGAGUAACCAGUCAGAAGUGGCACCUGGAGUGGGGGACUGUUUUGUUUCAUGGAGCUGUAUCAAAGGGAGAUGUCACUGAAGGUUCAUCAAAGGGAAGCAUCAAUUUGAGGCUUUGCACAAGCCUUCAUUUUUGUUGUGUUGUGUUUUGCUAACUGAAAAGUGUUUAUAAAGUGACUUCAACCUGUUUAUGACUAUUAUUAAUACUAAGUUUUCUUAAAUGUGUAGUUACUGUACAGUAAUAAUUUCUUUUUAUGCUGUUGAUAUAUAAACAUCCUAGUUGGAUAGGAACGAACAGUACUAGGAUUGUUGUAUUCUGAUAUAUUCUGAGAAACCAGUUCAGGUAUAUUUAUAAUAUUCAAACUACUAAGUCAUUACUGUUAAUUUACAUUAGUUAAGCUAUUUUUGUGCUAAUUACUGUUGGACCAAAUUAAGGAACUGCCAGUUUUUCAUAUGUUCCAUUUUGUUUUUGCUUUAGUAUUUGUUAAAAUAAACAACUUUAAUAUCUACACAUUUAUUUCAUCUUAUGUUUGGGUGUGGGUUGGACAGAUUGGGUUAUUAAAUGCAAAGUUAAAGAAUUUUUCCUGUUACAGCCACACUUUCUUUAUGAUACUUAAUAUUCUUGUAGAAGAGGGGUGCCUGAAUUGAAUGCUGUCCUUCAGGACUGUAUAGGCUUAAAUUCAAUAGCAAAACGUUUAUUUUUAAUGGUGCCUUUUUCUACAGCUUUUUGUAAAAAAUACGCUGUAGGGUGCAUUAGGCCAUUAUCAGGUUUAACGUCCCCCCCCCCUUUUUUGUUUUUGCUUAAAACCCUACCAGCUAUCCCC